AUGAAUGACCCCGGUCUGGACGAUGCUAUAGCUGACGAGGCGGGUGCCCUGGAUGACGACUCGGGUCAAGGGUCUGCAGGAAAUAAACAAAAGUCAGACCUUGAUGCUCAGCAUCCUCAUGCCGCGCGAUGGUGGCUGGCAAGUACUGCGUAUCCGCUGGCAGCGGGAACAUUUGGGCCCAUGGCAAGUGCAUUCAAUAUCUGCUCGUUAGCGCAAACCUGGCGGAUGACGCCGGGGGGGAAGGACAUCACUGAUCCAAAGUGGGCCGUCGCAAUCAAUGCCGUCUCGCUGUUUUUCGCACUCGUCGCCAACUUGGCCCUGUCGCUAACCAUGGCGCGACGCAUCCGUUUCGAGAUCGCGCAACCGAUUAUCAUUGCCGGGUGGUAUAUCUCAUCGGCCCUCUUGAUCGGCAUCCUAAUCCCGUUCGGUGUGCUGAUGUAUAACACGGAAAAUGAUGGGCGGAUUUAUUCACAAGGCUACUUCUACGGUACCUUUGCAGCUGGGCUGUACUUCAUCAUCGCGUCCAUGAUGGUCGUCACGGCUUGGGGGGCCGCCAAGGGCCACUACAGCCGAGGGUUCAAGCUGACCACGAGUCAGCGGACAUUGAUGCUACAGACCAUCGUUUUCUUCAUCUAUCUUCUGGGAGGCUCCGCCGCUUACGCCACGAUAGAAGGUUGGAAGUUUUUGGAUGCUGUCUACUGGGCUGACUACACGCUACUCACCAUUGGCAUUGGCAACUUUGCUCCUGUAACUCACCUUGGACGCGGCUUGCUGUUCCCAUAUGCAGUUGGAGGCAUUGUCGUUCUGGGUCUCAUUAUCUCGUCCAUUCGGACUCUGAUGCUGGAGCACGGUCGCCAAAAGAUGUCAGCUAUCCUGACUGCUCGAACUCGCCGCUUUCUUAUCAAAGAAGCUUACUCGGAAAAUAACCAUUUUCCGGGACUGGUCCCGUCGCUGGCAAGAAAUGACCCAGACACCCAGCGAAGCGACCGCGAACGACAAAAGCGAGAGUUCAUCACCAUGCGGCGUGUCCGACAGCUCGCCGCAGUGCAGCACAAGUGGAUCUCUCUCGCAAUAUCUCUAACCACCUGGAUGGCAUUGUGGUUGAUCGGCGCGGUGGUAUUCUGGCGCUCAGAGUCAUAUGACCAUUGGUCAUACUUUCAAGCCCUCUACUUCGCCUAUACAUCCCUACUUACCAUCGGAUACGGCGACGUCUACCCAGUAAGCAACCUAGGCAAAGCAUUCUUCGUCUUCUGGUCCCUCCUAGCCGUCCCAUCAAUCACAAUCCUCAUCUCCAACAUCGGCGAUACAAUCAUCCGCUUCCUCCGCGAUCUGACCAUCUUCCUCGGCGAACUCACCAUCUUGCCCGGCGACGAACCAUUCCACGACCGCCUCGAAGCCAUUUGCCACUUCUCCUGGACAGACAGAUGGCUCCAGGAGACCACGGGCGAAUCAGACACUACCCAAGACAUCCUACAAGGAAAAGGCGAGCAGGCCGACCCAGGAAAUGCCACCUAUCGAAACACGAUGGAAGCAGAGGAGCACAAACGAGAAGAGUCAGCCCGCAAACGCGGCGACACCGCAGCCGAGAACAUCCACCAUUACCACUACCUCCUCUUCCGGGAGAUUCGUAAAAUGACAGAACUCGCCAUGAGCAACCCCGCCAAGCAAUUCGACUACCUCGAGUGGGAAUACUAUCUAGCUCUGAUCUCGGGGAAAGAUAAGCCUACUGAUCCGGAGAAGAAGGGGGAUGCUGAGAGUGAAGAUGACGUACAGCGCACGAUCCGUGAUUGGAGCUGGAUUGAUUUUAAAAACCCCUUGCUUGGGGAGAACGGUGAGGUUCAGUGGUUUCUGGGGGCGUUGACUGACUCGCUGGAUCGGGAGUUAAGGAGAGCGAGUCAGAGUUACCAUUCACCUGAGGCGAGUGGCGGUGCUGUUGAUGAGAUUCAAAUGCAUGUGGAUGAGGAUGAGGAUCGGUCUUCUGGGCAUGGGACUCCGAGAGAUUCAUAG